UUGAUUCAUGUUUUAUUUUACUGCUAGCGUUUAAAAGCUGAAAGCAUUCUCUUCUGUGAUUGCUGGGAAAAGCAAGACCUUCCCCUUGAGUUCCUCAUCCGAUCAGUUAUGGGUCAGACCUGAGUUCACACUUUCAUCCGGUCUUCCGGCGCACACUCCCAAAGGAUCUGGAAAAGUCAAUUCACAUCUGACCACCUUCACUCUUUAUUUUUCUUCUGAUCAACCCAUCCAUCAUUACUGUCCAUCUCUCGCUGAUACCGACAGCUUGACAUUCGUUCACGCCAGCGGCCCUCUUACACUUUGUCCAAUUCAAACCGCAAAGAUGUCGUCUUCACUAACUCCAGAACGAAGACAAGCGACAACGACAUCGAGGAAGGGUCGUCGCCUACUGACCCUCCUCAUGGCCCUCCUGUCCCUCAUCCUAUCCUCACUCGCCAACCCCCUCCCAAUCGAAGGCCGCAGCUUCCCCGGGGGCGGCUCCAUCGCGAACGCCCGUCCUGCCCGUCCCGCCGCCGCGCACCCCGGCCCGCUCUCGCGCCCCGUCCAAGUCGCAGCACCAGCGCAAGCGCAAGCGCAAGCCGAAACAACCCCCGCCGAUGACACGACCAACACUAACACCAACCCCCUCCUCCCCGAACAAAAAUACUUCCACGAACCCGGCUACACCGAAGAGCUCUCUCACUACGACACCCGCUACUUCACCACCCCCGUCCCCUACGACCCACACAUCGUGCACCUGCGCCACCUCAUCCGGUCCUACCUGCUCAUGACCUCGUCCCGCAGUCUCACAACCUGGCUCGCGCACGGCACGCUGUUGGGGUGGUACUGGAACGGCGCGAUCAUGCCGUGGGAUUAUGAUCUCGAUGUUCAAGUCUCCAACUCCACACUGGGAGAAAUGGCGAGGGAGUGGAACGGGACGACGUUCGAUUAUGUCUACACCUUGUCCGGACAAGAAGAAAAGGAAGGACUGGGGAAACAGGGGGAGGUGCAUGUGAAGAAGUACCUGUUGGAUGUCAAUCCGUAUUGGGCGCAGCGGACGCGGUUGGAGGGACUGAAUGUGAUUGAUGCAAGAUGGAUUGAUAUGGAGAAUGGCAUGUAUGUGGAUAUCACGGGUUUGAGUGAGGAUCGGGAACAAAAGGGGACCCCUGGGGGGAGGGGGACGGGGGUGUGGAGUGAUAAGAAUUUUCAUGGGUAUGGGACGAGACAGAUUUGGCCACUACGCAAAACGGAGUUUGAGGGCGUGGAGGCGUGGGUGCCGUGGGAUGUGGAGGGGGUUUUGAAGGAGGAGUAUGGGGGCAGGAGUUUGACGGGGGAGACGUGGGCUGGACACCACUUUGAUCAUGGACGGAAAGAGUGGGUGAAGACGGAGUUGGUGAAGAAGACGUCGUAAUGGCUUUGCUUUGGUCAUCGAGAGAACCCCUGGUCGGGUUGGAUAGACG